AUGUACGUGACUCCGCCUCAGCUUAUUGACUGCGAGACAACCUUCGGGAUUCUCGAAUCUAUCUUCACCAAGAGCAAAAAGACGGCGACUGAUAUCUCCAGCUGGGAAUUCAGAGACAGAGACGAUUAUUCCGAUAAAGCCGUCCGGUUAAUUCCGGCAAGGCCGUCCAGUUGUUGCAACCGGCUUCAGUCCGACAACGACCGGCUUAUUAUUCGAUGUGUUGGGUCGGCUAUCAUUUUCGUCAUCGACCGUUUCCUUUUUAUGGCGAUGGACGGUUUGAGUCCGGCAUGUGUUGGCUCAUUCGGCGACGUCAUGGCCGGUUUUUGUUUAAGGAUGUUUUUGCUGCCUUGGAAUUAGUUUGGGCAUGGUGGUUUUGAAGGUUCUGUAAUCUUUUUCAGUUUACCGGAGAAGUUGGUCCGGUAUCUCUCCGGCCACUUUGAUGACUCACCUUUUCCUUGGUUGAUUGUGCCAUCCUUAUCUCUUUCUUAUCGCUUUUGAUUUUUAUUUUAGUUUGGCUUUUUAAUCAUGGUUAAGCUUCU